CUGCAUCCCUUUUCUCUUUUUUAAAUUUAUCACGUUGCAUCUCUUUUUGGUAUCCCCUUUUUAAAAUAUUUGCCACCGCACGUUGGCUGGGGCGCUUUCCAUCAGUCGAGUUUUUAUUGUUUGUGGUCUCAGAAUACGGACUGCAUGUUUUGCUCAACUUUUGUUUCUCCAUUUUCUAUUCAAUUUAUCUAUAUAUUUUUCUGUUGUAUAUUUUUCUUGUUUUAUUAUCACUUUGUCAUUCACUCAAAUAAAAAAACAUACUUCCAUAGCACAAACGUUACCGAUACACUUUUAUGAAGCUUGACUCACUGCGCGUAGUGCGGACCAUGACCGCGGUCACGCUGGCUUUCACCGGUCUCGCUGCCAUUGUUUCCGCCGCCGACGCCGCCAAGACCGCCCAGGCUGCAGUCAUCAAUCUUAACAGCAAGAACUACAAGGCCUGGACAGCAACGCGGGGUUUGGCGCUCGUGGAGUUCUACGCCCCAUGGUGCAGCUACUGCCAGGCGAUGGCUCCGGGCUAUGAGAGCGCGGCCGCAGAGCUAAAGGACGAUGGGGUAGCUCUGGCCAAAGUGGACUGCACCAAAGAGUCGGAGAUCUGCGACAUACAUAACAUCGAGGGAUACCCGACCCUCAAAGUGAUUGAAAAUGGCGUAUUUGCCGCCUACAACGGCACACGGCAGCAGAACUCGAUAGUUGAGUACAUGCGCAAGCGCAAGUUGCCUGCUGUGGAAGAGGUGACGUCCAAGACCUUUGACAAGUUCACCGGCAGCGGCCACAUUGUCGUCGUGGGAUUCUUUGCCGAAAAGUCGGCUGAGCUGGAGACGCUCAAGACAGUCGCCAAUGAGCUCCGGGACGAGUACACGUUUGGGUACACGACUGACAAGACUCUGGCUACCAAGCAGGGCGUGGCUUUCCCUGGCCUGGCCAUCUACAAAGACUUUGACACGCGCAAGGAUGAAUUCGAGGCGACCACCAACGUGAGCCUGCUCCGGGCUAGCGUGCGGUCCAGCUCGGUGCCGCUCAUGGGAGAGCUUUCGGCGCAGACCUUUGUAACCUAUGUGCGCGCUGGAAUCCCCAUUGGGCUGGUGUUCUACGACAGCGCUGAGUCGCGGAAGGAGCUGGAGAGCGAGCUGCUUUCUCUGGCUACCAGGUACAGGCGGUGGGUCAGCAUGGCCCUGGUCGACGCCAAUGUCUACCGCAAGCAUGCAAAGAGCAUCAACCUCAAGGAGAAGUGGCCGGCAUUUGCCAUCCAGGACAUUAACAAGCAGUUCAAGUACAUUCACCCACAGGACAAGCCGCUGACCAAGGACACUGUUGGUGACUUUGUCGCGGACUUUUUCAACGACAAGCUUGAGCCCGAUUACAAGACGCAGGUCAUCUUUGGGCCCAACGACGAUGGCGUGUACAACCUCGUCGCGUCAAAGUUCAAAGAGGUGGUCUUUGACAAGAGCAAGGACGUGCUGAUCGAGUUCUACGCGCCUUGGUGCAUCUACUGCAAGCGCAUGGCUGAGGCGUACACUGAGCUGGGCGAGACGUUCAAGGAGAACAAGAACAUGGUCAUUGCCAAGAUGGAUGCUACAGAGAAUGACAUCCCUUCGUCCGACCCUGGUCUUCAGUUCCCAGGCUUCCCGACUAUUGUUCUUGUGCGCGCCGGCGACAACCGUAUUGUUCGGUACAAGGGCAACCGCACGCACAAGUCGUUUGUUGCGUUCAUCAAGGACCACGCCGUGCACUCCGAUGACCAUGCCGAGAUUGUCGCUGAGGGUGCCGCUGAUGAGAAGCCUGUCUACUUUGAGGCGCCGUCGCACGCCGUCGGAUUCACGCCCAAGGAGACCAGGCACAUCGAGCUUUAGUACAUAUUUCUUUUAGAGUUUCCUUGACUUCUUUUUCCAUACUCCAUACACAAUGUUUCUUUUUCUGCUUCAAUGUCCGAAUGCGUUUGUUUGGCAAUGGCGCUUUUCUCCCGGCUUGACACGGCUUGACGUGGCAUAGUUGCCGAGGUUCACGUGCCUUUCCCGGCGGAGCUUUUUUCCUCCCUAUUCAAAAUAAUACGCGGUUCCAGCGAAACAUCGGGGUUUGGAUGCUGCUCUUCUCCUGCGACGGCUAUGCGUCUCUCUUCUU